AUGUACUUAUUCUCGUCCAACGACACAUGGCUACCACAGAUUGUAUUCCUUUCUACCUGGCCUAUCCAUAAUGUAUUCGUCCAUUCUGAUUUAUUCAUACCACGCCAUGCCACAUCACAUCAUGCCACACUAGACCUCAAGCUGCAUCUGGCGAGUACGCACUACGGGUCGUUCCUGUCUGACGAGUCUGGCGCUCUGACUGUGCCAGUGAUCCAGGAGAAGCUGCAGGAGAAGUUCUUGCAGAUGUUCGAAAUCAUGCGUGCCCAGGUUGUAGAGCCGGCCAACACUUUCUUCGAUUACAUAACCUUCAGCUACAUGAUCGACAAUAUCAUCCUACUCAUCACCGGGACACUACACGACCGUGACAUCUCGGAAUUGAUCCCCAAGUGCCAUCCUUUGGGUAAAUUCGAAGAAAUGGGUUCCCUGUCCAUUGCCACCACCCCGGCUGAGCUUUAUAACUCAGUGUUGGUGGAUACACCUCUGGCCAACUACUUCCAAUCGUGCAUUGACGAGCAGGAUCUGGAUGAGAUGAACAUUGAGAUCAUCCGAAACAGUCUUUACAAGGCUUACUUGGAGGAUUUCUACAAGUUCUCCACCAGCCUGGGCAACGACACAGCCGAGCUCAUGCAGGAGCUGCUCGCCUUCGAAGCCGAUCGCCGUGCGUUUGUCAUCACUAUCAACUCGUUUGACACAGAAUUGACUAGAGAUGAUCGCCAGAAGUUAUAUCCCAGGUGUGGAAGGUUAUACCCUGAAGGUCUUCAGAAGCUAGCGGCCUGUGACGACUACGAGCAGGUGCGUGCCGUGGCCGAAUACUAUCCAGAGUACAGAGAGUUGUUCGAUGGUAUCACCCCUGGCAGCGGCAAGACCCUGGAGGAUAUGUUCUACGAGUAUGAGGUGCAUCUGUGCAAGAAGGCCUUCCUGACGCACUUCAGCUUUGCCUCAUACUAUUCACUGUGCAAGCUCAGAGAGCAGGAGAGCCGAAACAUUGUGUGGAUCGCCGAGUGCAUCAGUCAGAAGCACAAGGCCAAGAUCGACAAUUAUGUCCCCAUCUUCUAA